CUCUGAGGAUGUAACGGAAAUGUUGGCGUUUGAGUUUAAAUGGAAAAGCGCGCCAACGCGCAGUCUUUCCUGAGCAUGACAGCCAAUCGGAAGCCUGUUAUCAAGGCUACUCAAGACGAGGUGAAGUCGUCGUACAGGCGUCUUUGUAUGCUGUACCACCCUGACAAGCACAGAGACCCCGAGCUAAAGAGGCAGGCUGAACAACUCUUCACUUAUGUACACCAAGCAUAUGAGGUUCUCAGUGACCCACAAUCCCGAGCCAUAUAUGACAUAUUUGGGAAAAAAGGCCUAGAGGUGGAAGGUUGGGAGGUGGUGGAGAGGAAAAGGACCCCAGCAGAGAUCAGGGAGGAAUAUGAACGUUUACAGAGGGAGAGAGAUGAGAGGAGACUCCAGCAGAGAACAAACCCUAAGGGGACAAUAAGUGUUGGCAUAGAUGCGACAGACCUCUUCGACCGAUAUGAGGAGGACUUUGAGGAUGUACCAGGAGGAGGUUUUCCCCACAUUGAGAUCGACAGGAUGCACAUUUCCCAAUCCAUUGAGGCACCCUUAACCACUUCAGAUACUGCUGUACUUUCUGGAUCUCUGUCUACACAUAAUGGCAACGGGGGAGGAAGUAUAAACCUUUGUGUGCGGCGUGUGACCUCAGCAAGAGGCUGGGGAGAGCUGGAGUUUGGUGCAGGGGACAUUAGAGGACCUUUAUUUGGGAUGAAAGUGUUCCGUAACGUAACUGCACGCUGCUUUGUGACUGCCCAAUGGGGAUUGCAGUUCUCCUCACGUGGCGUGCGGCCCAGUGCCACUACAAUGAUGGCCCGCCACUUUGACCAAAACACUAUGGGCUACCUGCAGUGGCGCUGGGGAAGCCAGUCUGCCAUGACCACCAGCAUCGUCAGAGACACCAAAACAAGCCACUUCACCCUGGCCCUGCAGCUGGGCGUUCCUCACUCCUACCUGAUGAUGAGCUAUCAGUACAAAUUCCAGGAUGAAGACCAGACUAAGGUCAAAGGUUCCAUCAAGACUGGGUUCUUUGGCACCUUGGUUGAAUAUGGUGCAGAGCGUAAGAUUAGUCGCCACAGUGUUGUGGCUGCAACCGUCAGCAUUGGUGUACCCCAAGGAGUCUCCCUCAAAAUCAGGUUGAACAGAGCCAGUCAAACCUACCUCUUCCCUAUUCACCUAACCGACCAGAUUUUACCCAGUGCUGUGUUUUAUGUCACUGUGGGCCCGCUGGCCAUCUACUUAGCUGUCCAGAAGCUUAUUAUUAUGCCUUAUGUACGAGCCCAGAAGGAACAGGAGUUGGAGAAACAGAAGGAGGUUUCUGCUUCAGAAAUUGCUCGCAGGAAGCAAGAGGCUGAAGCUGCUGUUUUGCUGAUGCAAGAGUCAGUGAAGAGAAUUAUUGAUGCUGAGGAAUCUAAAAUGGGUCUCAUCAUUCUAAAUGCUUGGUACGGCAAAUUUGUGUCCGACAAUAGUCAGAAACGCGAGAGUGCGAAGGUCAUUGAUGUGACCGUCCCGCUCCAGUGCUUAGUGAAAGACUCUAAACUCAUUCUUACCGAAGCAUCAAAGGCUGGCUUGCCAGGGUUUUAUGACCCCUGUGUCGGAGAGGAAAAGAGCCUAAAGCUGCUGUACCAAUUCAGAGGAGCCAUGCACCAAGUCUUGUCCGGAGACACAGAGCCUCUUAAGAUACCUAAACAAUGUCAUAGAAUUGAUUCAGAGGCAUAGGAGUCUACCACACACUAGAAGAAAGAGCUCAAUGGACAUCAAAGGAACAUAAAGGGUCAGUCAGACAUCAAGCGAUCCGAAGGGCUGCUCCUCUUCAUUUCAUGUAGUCACCCAUGUAUCACCUUUGUGUUGUCUGUUUAUCUCAAAUCCCUGACAUAUAUUGUCAAUGGGUCGAUCACGUCCUAACAUCUCCUUAAGAUCUGGAUAUGAGAGGAGGUCAGAUGUCAUAUCAUAUCACUCCAUCCAUUAAUCUUAAUCAAUGUUAAUAUUACAACUGGAAAGUAUGGCAAUAAAAGCUCCUCUAACAAAACUGUACUUGAAAAGUAUGGUUCAAACUGUAAUGAAGUGCUGUACAAAUGCUGGUUUCAUAGGAUGUGUUGAUAUCGACGGAUGUUUUUGUAUGUUUGUACACUAGGCUUAAGAACGGGAAAUCUUAUGCUCACCCUGCCUCCAAAAUCACUACUGUAGAAGCUGCUUUUUAGUGGACCAAUCUGUUGUGACCAGAGGAUCAUGAUUUCAUUUUCCUCCAGGAGAAGUGUUAUUUGGAUUGCAUUCAUCAUGUUAAGUAUAUACAGUAAAGUACCGUUUUUGUAUUUUAAGGUGAAUCUCAAAGAAAUGUUUGGGUCAUAUUUUGCCUGAGAAUGAAAAAAAAAGAAAAAUAAAUGAAAAUGUAUUAAAUCACUUUGACUAUUUUAGCACAAUCAGGAUUUUUUUUGUUUUUUUGGCAUUUUUAUGACA